CGCCGCCUCCCGGGGGCGGCGGAGGGGCGGGCGGGGGUCGGCGGGAGCGGCCGGAGGGCGGAAGAGCCGGCGGCGGGAGGAGAGCGCGGCGGCCGGGAAGAGGCGGCGGAGGCCGGGGCGGGCCGCCAUGGAGCGGAAGAGUGCUUUUCCUUUGGGCCAAGCUUCCCCGGGAAGAGACAGGACUCUGAGUCAUUUCAGCCCAAGUGGUAAAAAGUUCCGAAGCAAGCCCCAGCUGGCACGCUACCUGGGGAGCUCGAUGGACCUCAGCACUUUUGACUUCCGCACGGGAAAAAUGUUGAUGAAUAAAAUGAACAAGAACAGGCAGAGGAUGCGCUAUGACUGUUCCAACCAAGCCAAAGGCAAGCCUGAUUUGAACACAGCACUGCCCGUCAGACAGACGGCCUCCAUAUUCAAACAACCCGUCACGAAGAUCACAAACCAUCCCAGCAACAAGGUGAAGAGUGAUCCUCAGAAAGCCGUGGACCAGCCCCGGCAGCUCUUCUGGGAGAAGAAAUUAAGUGGACUGAACGCUUUUGACAUUGCGGAGGAGCUGGUGAAAACAAUGGACCUUCCAAAAGGUUUACAAGGCGUCGGACCGGGUUGCACUGAUGAAACCCUUCUCUCUGCGAUCGCCAGUGCUCUGCACACCAGCACCAUGCCCAUCACCGGGCAGCUCUCUGCGGCCGUGGAGAAGAAUCCCGGAGUUUGGCUAAACACCUCCCAGCCGCUUUGCAAAGCGUUUAUGGUGACGGAUGAAGAUAUUAGGAAACAAGAGGAGCUGGUGCAGCAGGUGCGGAAGAGACUGGAGGAAGCCCUGAUGGCCGACAUGCUCGCCCACGUAGAGGAAAUAGCAAGAGAUGGGGAAGCUCCUUCAGAGAAAGAAGGCGGCGAGGAAGAAGGAGAAGAGGAAGAGGAGGAGGAGGAGCAGGACCAUGACCAGGAGAUGGAGAAUGUAUAGUCCAGGGAGUUCCAUCUAAGAAUUCCCAGUAUAAACCCUAUCAGCAGGGUCAGCACAACUAUUUUCAAAGCCAAGAGUGUCUGCGGAGCAAAUUGCACCAACAGUCCAACUGUACCCAUGAGCAUUUUGAUGUACACUUCAGGAAACGUUGAGAAGCUGCUGGUUCAUUAAUUGCUGGGUAGUUUUGAAGAUGGAACUUGACUAAACUCUACUCCCCCCUCCUUUUUUUUAACGGGGUAGGGUAAUCGGGAAUGCAAAAGUGGGAGGGAAUUAAGGAAUAUAAAAUGGUGGGAGGGAAAAUACUAGGAACCAAAUUUCCUGUCCUUUUUUUUUUUGUUGUUGUUGUUUUUGUGGGUCAGUGAUAGGUGAUACAUUUUUAAGCUUUUCUAUCUAAGUACCUUUAACGAUGACCCAUAGAAACAAUUUUCUCUCCAACACAAGUGAGAGAGAUGCUGUUUCACUCCUUGGCUGCUCUGCUGUAGGCUACCUGUUUGUACCGACUGUAGGGAGGUCAUUUUAUGUUGUGGAUUGUCGUUCCACCCCCCAACUCGGGUCACUGAAUUUCCUUUUCCUCGCAAGACCACAUUGGUCUUGGAAGCGGAGUCUCAGAGACAAACUGCCAGUGCCUCUUCCACCUGAGGCUUCAAUUAGUCGGGGAGGUUACACUUGAGGAACUGGUCUUACGUCAAUGGCAAUCGGUUUUUUUUAGCUAGUUCCAGCCGCACACGUUUUCGAUACGGAGUUCUGUAUGUGUCCGAGCAUAGCCGAAUAGAGUUUGGAAGAUCAAUAUACCCA